GACGCGACGCCGUAUGCUGACUGCAACUUAAUUUCCGGUUUAACCGUCUUUGAGCAUUUGUUGGACGCAUCUCUUCUUCAUGCGGGAUUAAAUUAGGUUUGAACUGAAUCGUCGUCGAUGGGUCAGAAGAAGAAACCCCCCGCGCCUCGCUCCAAGCAAUCGCUAUCUUCUUCAGCGGCGGAGGCUGAGCCGUCCUCUGAGGUUUCCGCUUGUACCUCCUAUGAUGGCGACGAGCCGUCAAAUUUGGCUGAAAUCAAGGUCGAGUGCGAGAAGGCACUGACGUCAUUCCGGCGAGGUAGCUACAACAAGGCGAUUCGGCUCAUGAAGGAAUCAUGCUCUCGCCACCAACACUCUGCCCUGAUUCACCGUGUCCAAGGUACUGUGUGCGUGAAGGUUUCUUCUGUAUACGAAGACGCAGUUACUAAACAGAAGUACAUCCGUAGCGCUAUUGAAUCCGCUAGAAAAGCUGUGGAGCUAUCUCCCAACUCUAUUGAGUUUGCCCAUUUUUAUGCUAACCUGCUUUACGAGGCUGCUAGCGAUGGUAGAGAGUACGAGGAGGUUCUGCAGGAGUGUCACAGAGCCCUCUCCAUUGAGAAUCCAAUCGAUCCUGCUAAAGAUAGUCUCCAGGACGAGAGUCAGCACAAGAUAUUGACACCUGAGGCUCGUAUUGCGAAUGUUCAGGAUGAGCUCAGGUCACUGAUACAGAAGUCUAAUCUUGGUUCGUUGUCCACUUGGAUGAAACAUCUGAGAAAUGGAGAAGGGGAGUUUCGGUUGUUUGACAUGAGGAAGAUGGCUGAGGAUCCUAUUGAGAGUAACUUGGUUCAGACCAGGAGGCCGAACGAGAUUAAGAAAGCUACCAAGACUCUUGAAGAGAGGAGGAAGGAGAUUGAAGUGAGGGUGGCUGCAGGUAGGUUGUUGCAGCAGAAAUCAGAAUCUUCCUCGGUAGAUAGUGUUAACAGUAAGGGAUCAGAUCCAGCAUUAGGCUCCGGUCAGAGAAGCGUGGAGAGGAGAAAGCAUGGAAAUGCAAGGAAGAACGACUCUACAGUAGAGAGAAGAGAUCGGGUUAGAUCAUAUUGGGAGUCUACAGGCAAAGAAAUGAAAAAAGAAUUGCUUAGGAUUAAGGUUAGUGAUCUUAAGAGUCACUUUAGCGCAUCCAAGGAUGGCGAUGCAAAUGAUAUAAUAACUGAAGCUUUGUCCUUUUGUGAAGCUAAUAAGACUUGGCGGUUUUGGGUUUGCUGCAAGUGUAGUGAAAAGUUCAAGGAUUCUGAGUCUUAUAUGCAGCAUAUUGUAGGGGAGCAUAUAGGUAACGUUUUGCCUAAGAUGCAAAUGGUUUUGCCUCAGAGUCUCGAUAGUGAGAGGAUUGAGAUGCUUCUUACUUCCCCAUGGAAACCAUUGGAUUUUCCUGCUGCGGUGAAAUUGCGUUGCAGCCAGCAGAAAAUCCAAAAUACUGAGUUCAAUGAGUUUUACGCUGAAGAUUACAUGGACGAUGGUGACGAUUGCUUCCAGGAUGCAUGGAAUGAUACUUCACCAGAGAAAGAAAAAAUUGGAGAUGCUUGCAACGGUUAUGAGAAGAAUGAGUCGGAAAAGGGUAGGCUGCCAAAUCCGUUUUAUCUUCCUGAUGAAUGGCCGAUAUCUGAUGAUCCUGAACGUACAAAGCUCCUUAAAAGCAUCCGUGCAGCAUUUGAGCUACUUAUCAAACACAGUUAUUUAGCUACCAGCCAUUAUGAUAAGGUGAUACAGUUUACUCUGGAUGAACUACGGAAUCUACCCUCGGUUUCGCAAUUCUUAAAUCGUGGUUUGUGUCAGUCACCCAUAUGCAUACGCUUCUUGGGAGCUUCCCAGCUCAAGAAAAUUCUUCAAUUCCUGCAAGACUUGUCACAUGCAUGUGGGGUGAGUCGAUAUUCGGAACAAAGUAACCCCAACGAUGAAGUUAAUAAUUUUGUUGACCUGGGUCUUCAAAUUACAGAAGAGAUUUGUCUUGAUGGUGAAGGGUCAUGCCUUCUUCUGGAUGAAAAAUUGCUUGGCUCAGAGUGCAUCCAAGACAAACAUAUGGGCUCAGCAUUGAAUAAUGGAGAUAUUGCCAGUUCUGAAGAUAUUGCUAAUGGCAAUAAUGUGUCUUCUGGUGCGGAUGGUUUUCUAUCAUGGAUCUUCUCAGGACCCUCUAGUGGGGAACAAACUGCGAUUUGGAUGCGCACAGUGGAAGAGAAAACAAAUCAAGGACAAAAGACCAUGGAGAUUCUUGAGAAGGAGGUCUAUGACUUGCAGAACCUCUUCGAGAGAAAAUGCGAGCACUUAAGCUACGAGGGAGCACUUCAAACUGUCGAGGACCUUUGUCUUGAAAAAGGCCGGAAAAGAGAGACUUCACCGGACUUUACCCAUGAAAGCUAUGAAUCUGUGCUGAGAAAACGAAGGGAAGAGCUAAACGAGAGUGCCCAUGAAAUGGAGUUUAUUAGUAGUAGCUUUGAAUUAGAAGCUAUAAAAAAUGUUUUGAGAGACGCGGACACUCUUAACUGCAAUCAGUUUGGAUAUGAAGAAUCAUAUACAUGCACGAGUUCUCAGCUACGUGACCUAGAAUCUGGUGAAGCUGAUGAAUGGGGGAUGAAAUAUUCUUUUAGUGAAGCUGACAGUUUCAUAGAGACUGCGAUCCAGAAACAGAAGGAGCAGUUGUCUACAGAGCUUAACAGAAUCGAUGCAAGAAUGAUGCGCGGUGCUACUGUGGUGCAGCAAUUAGAGCUAAAGCUUGGACCUGCUUCAUCCAAUGAUUAUCAGAUAGUAAUGUUACCGUUGGUCAGGUCUUACAUGCGUGCACAUUUGGAGGCAUUGGCAGAGAAAGAUGCCACUGAGAAGUCUGAUGCUGCAAGCAAAGCGUUUCUCGUUGAGCUCGCCCUUGAUUCUAAGAAGGAGGCCCGAGGGAGAAAUGAUCAUUCGAAACACACCCAAGAAAAGCCCAAGGAUAAGAAAAAGAAUAAGCACUCUAAAAAACUGAAGGAUUCGAAGGCUUCUGUUGGAAACGACCAUCGCUUCAAUGUUGAUUCAGUUGAACACAG